UAUUGACAUUCAGGUAGUGAGUGUCUGCUAGUUGGGGAUCAUGUAAAGUAAUGCAGGGAGACCCGUGUUAUCAUACAGGGACCCCGGGCUGCCCGCCACAUGGUCACUAUGAAGCCAGCUGCUAAGCGAGAAGUGUUUGUAUCAAAAGUCCUAGCAAGAUUAUAUCCCCGUGAGGAUCCACCUACUCCCAGCUUGCCAGUCUCCCCUCUCCUGUCUGAAAAGGCAUCAACGUGCAUUGCAGAGGAAGAUGAUGGGGCAAUAGCACCAUCUCCGACAGAAUGCUCACAAGAUGGUGUGAAGGACAUUCAGCAAACCCAGAAGGUCUAUACUGUUAGUCUCCCUCCUGAAGACUGUGUACACAGAUCACAUGAAGUCUGCAAAUCUUCAACCUCCGAAGAUUCAGAAGACAAAGACGAUGAAGGCAAUAUAACACAGCCACGCCGAAGAAGAAAAAGGAAGAAAGCUUGUAUCAAUCCUGAGGUAGACCCUGAAAAUGACAACAGUAUGUCACAAAUAAUGCCACAUCCACAAACCUCAGACUAUGUUCCUAUAAAUAAAAACAGGAGGAGGAAACUUCAAAGGAAACGCCAGAAGGAAAGGUUAAAGUCUGCUGGAUUGUGGCCGAAAGCGAGAGGAGCUGAUUCCAUCCACCAUGCAGAUGGUUGUGAGAUGGAAGAAGAGUCUAUAAAAAAUGUCAGUGAAAAAUAUACUGAAGAAGAUCUAAGGAAGAAAUCAGAAGAUCUUAUGGACUUUCUUGGUGCAACUCAAGAUCUCUAUUUCACAGAUAGGAAAUCCAGAUGUGCAAAUGAUGCAAUAUCUGCAGAUGCUCUUUUUGAAAUCCAGAAUCACAUCAAGAGCGGUGCAAUGCCUUCAUCAGAUGUCACUGCCUUGCAUCAUCUAAAGACUCUAGUAGUUCUACAGGAUAUUGAAAGAUUAAACGAUUAUUUGGAUAGCUUCAAAGCGCAUUCCUCUCUGUCUAUUGAUCACCAAAUGACACUUUGUUCUCUAUUUAACUACUGGAUUGUGGAUAUACUCCCCAUGCGAAAUAAGUAAAUUAUGUCAAUAUUUGAAAUUUGUAUCUCUUUACUGGAUAUAAGAAUAUGCAGUGUACUCUUUACAAUACAUACUUGCAGCAUUGGAGAAUGAAAUGGCUAAAACGACCUGAUGAUAUUUCAUAAACUCCACAUACACUGUACAUGAUCUACACAUACACUAAGGUUCUGCUAUACAUUUUAUCAUCUAUUAUUUGGCAUAGUAACUGAACAGCAACAUCUAAAGUGAAGGGUAUUCACAAGGGCAGCCAAGACAUUAGUUUAAGCUAGCCACCGCAAUAAAAUGUAAUAAUUUUAAUUAGCUCCCCGUAGACAGGCACUAACAUAACUCCAGAUUUGUUUUUACAGAAGACAAAGUGAAGUCUACUGGCAAGGGAUAAAAUUAUAGACCGUAGUGCAUUCACACAGCGGUUAUUUAGUAAGUGCUAUAUACUAUAUUUUAUAAUAUACAGGGGUUCAAAUUUCCACUAGCUAGGCUUGAAUGUUACUCAAUGUUACACAAAGACCACACCAACCAAUAAAAGUAUAUCUUAGCAAACAAAGUAUAUUAUAACAAUAUGUAACUGCGUGGUAGAUUCCCCCUAAAUCCUUUCAUGAUGGUCUUAAAAAAAGCCAAAAUAUCAUACUGAUGGUAGGUCUUAGUUUAUUUCUAAAAGAAAGGAAACAUAAAAUAGAGUGAUAUUGCAUUAACAGGUGUUUUUGUUUUGUUUUUUGUUUUUUUGCACUAAUUUGCAUUUAUGAGAUUGUUGGACCAUAAUCAGCUCCAAGGUGCCUCCUCCAAUAUCCUGGUGGGCUUAAUGCUCCUAAUGCUCUAUGGAUUACAAACCCCUCUUUUCCAAUUAUCUUCAGAUGAACCUCAGCAGGAUUUAGCAGUAAGGUUAAAAAUGUUUUACUGCUUUAAUCCAAAAACAGAAUUACAGUGGCAUAAAAAGUCUAUAUUAGGAAGAAAUGUGUUGGACUUUUUGUCUUUUAACAAGAGGGAUGGCGACUCCUGGCACAUGAAGUCAAAGAAUGAUGGUGGUGAAAAGAUGACAGUGAUGAGGGCAGCUUGAGGUAUCUAAAUGCAUGUAAUUUUGUGGGGUCUUUGGGGAAAUAAGAAUGCAAAGACUCCACAAGUGACACUGGUGCUUUAACCCCUUAAGGACACUUGACAUGUGUGACAUGUCAUGAUUCCCUUUUAUUCCAGAGGUUUGGUCCUUAAGGGGUUAAAUACAUUUUCUAUAGGUCACUUUUGGGUAUUUUUGGAUUACAAAAUAAUUCUGAUUACAAAAUCAACAACCAUGAUGUAAUUUAAAAAUGAUAUUUAAUGUAUUUCAAAUGCUAUAUAGGAAAACGUAAAAACUGGAACCGGGUAGUUGGUAUGCAGAAAAUGUAAAUGAAAAUUCAUUAGUUUUUUUUGUGUACUUAUUACAAUUGUUUGUAUGCUGUCUAUUGUUUUGUUUGUUUUUUCUUUUUUUCACAUGUGUUUAUGAAUGUGAUUUUAUUAAAAUUGCAC